UCUUCGUAAGGCCUUGGCUAUUAUAUUCUUCUUAUUUGGCUAACUCGAACUAGUGAAUUUACCAUUCGAGCCUGGUCUUUGACAGGGAACCAUGUUUUCUUUUUCUUUUCGGAAAAUGAUAAAGAAACAAUAAUGGAUCAACCACCGCAAUGAUUACAUAAAGAACUGCAAGUUAGGUAGUCUCUUGCAUAGCAGUUGAGAAGAGAUAGGUAAUGAAGAGAAUUAAUAUAUAGUGGAUCGAGCUUUUCAAUCUCGCACAAUUUGCACCGGCCCAGAGUUCCUUUAAAGGAGCAGCAAUCCUCAUCCAGUGGAGUAGUGCAACAAUUGAUGGCCUCCGACUCCGAUCGCCUUCGUGCCCUUAAGGCCUUCGACAACACCAAGGCCGGCGUCAAGGGCCUCGUCGACACGGGCGUCACCACCAUCACCUCCAUCUUCCACCACCCCCUCCCCCUCCACCAUUUGCAUGCAGAUCAUGAGCACCACUUUACCAUCCCGGUCAUCAGUCUCGCGGCUGCCAUGGGUGCUACUACUACUACUACACCAUCCGAGCGAGCUGAGCUGGUCACCGCGGUGAAGGUGGCUGCGGAGAUGGUGGGCUUCUUCCAGGUGGUGAACCAUGGCGUGCCCAAGGCGGCCAUGUCAGAGAUGCUUGCAGCGUUGCGGGGCUUUCACGAGGAGCCGGUGAAGGCCAAGGCGCCCUACUACAGCCGGGACUCUCGCCGGCGCGUGAGGUACCAGAGCAACUUCGACCUGUUCCGGUCGCCAGCGGCCAACUGGCACGACACCCUUUUCAUGGAGACAGCGCCGGAGUCGACACCGUCCGAGGAGAUACCGCCCGCGUGCAGGACCAUAGCGCCCAAGUACAUGAGGUUGGUGCAGCAGCUGGGCCGCACCCUGCUCGAGCUGUUGUCGAAGGCACUGGGCCUCCGCCGUGAGCACCUGGAGGAGGACGCUGCGUGCCUGGAGGGGCUCGCUAGCCACUACUACCCAUCCUGCCCAGAGCCGCACCUGACGUUGGGCACUACCGCCCACUCCGACCCCUGCUUCCUGACCGUGGUCCUCCAGGACGCUGUGGGCGGCUUCCAGGUGCUCGUCGACGGACUACAGGAAGAUGACAAGAAGAUGUCGGAUGUCGUCUGGGUGGACGUGCCGGCAGUGGCAGGCGUGCUGGUGGUGAACGUCGGGGACUUCCUGCAGCUCGUCUCCAACAGCAAGUUCAGGAGCGUGGAGCACCGCAUGGUGGCCAAGAGUGUCAGGCCUCGCGUCUUCGUGGCCUGCUUCUUCCGGCGGCAGGGUGCGGCCACGUCCACAAGAGUGCUACAGCCAAUUGUCACCAACGGCGAGGCGCGGUACAGGAGCACCACCAUGGCGGAACUGGUCCGGCGCUACAGGGCCAAGGGCCUUGACAGCAACUCUCUGCUCCAGCACCUGAGGCUCUGA